UUUGCUGACAGUAAAAAUUUCUGAGUGUAAGACGGAAAGAAAAAUACGCAAUUUCUACAAGCGAUUAACUACAGCAAUCCAGUAGGCCUAAUUGGGUCCGGUAGAUCUGCUCUUAUUCUCAUUUAGUUGACAAAAUUGUGUGACCAAACAUGCACCAGGAACAACUGACAGCGUUUCCUGCCGCUAGCCCUUCCCCCAGCCGGUCCCACGCCCUUUCUGUCUCGCUGUUGCCGUGUGCGUUUUGGGAGACAAAAUAACUAUCCCGGUUAUUAUUUCAAAGGGGUUUAUUUUAUUUUUUAAAAAGAGAAACGAUGUCUCAGAUCGAGGAAAUUACAACUCCUACGUCGGCUGACGGGAGCAUUAUGAAUCUCGCAUUUACUCAAUCUCUACAAGGGAUGCUGAGGAUUGCUCAAGUGAUGGUGCUUCUGAUUGCCUUCUUAUUCGUGCGCUGUGCCCCGGACUGGCCCGAGCACUAUGCCUACCGCUACUUCGAGGUGGUCACCCUAUGGUUCUUCUUUGUGUUGCUCAUCUUCCUCAUCAUGCACAUCUUCAGACUUCAUGGCAAAAUGCCCUACAUUAACUGGGUGUUAACGGAGUUCCUGCACUAUGCUGUGGGCGUACUCCUCAUCUUCGUUGGUUCCGUAGUGGCAGCCGUAUGGAGUUGGGGGCUCGCAUCACUUGUUAUUGGAUCUAUCUUUGGGUUUAUAGGCACAAUUCUGAUGGGCAUCAGCUUACGGAAGUUACACAAGGUCAUUUCUGGUACCCAGCAAGCAAGUUCACCGGUUUAGAAGUGAAGCAGUAUUUUAUUUUCUCCAAAGAUCAUCACUCUGUCUUCAAAUUUCAGACUGAACUGCUUCACUUCAAGUGCCUCAUCAAACACAUCGAUCCACAUUAACCGGGAGCAAUGCCAUACCAAACCUGCCCACCAAUCACAGCCCACAGGUUAUUGUGGGUAAAUGUACUAACAUCAGGCAAAAUCAGUAGCUGUUAUAUGGCCUCAAAGCUAUGUCAAAAAUAUUCAGAUUUAUAAAUCCAUACGUGUCCAUACGCUUGUAACAAUGUUUUGUUACAAAAUUGUUUAUACUUGUGAGGCUGUGUUUGUGCCAGUCCACACUCAUGAAACACCUUCUUGUCUCUAUGAACUUCAGUUUGUACUUGUAGCAACUACAGAUUGAAAUUUGCAACAUUCCAAACAUGGGGACAGAUUUCAACUAAAUCUCUUUUACGAAACUUACAGCACUUUUUUUGAACCAUCACGUUGAUUGCCAGCCCAGUAAAGGAUUUAACUAACCAAUCACAAAGCAAAGAUUUGGCGAGGGUUCGUAUUUCAUCAGAUCCAAUCCUCAUAGCUAUCCACCAACAGUGAAGCAGAAAAUAGCUAUGCACAAUGGCAUUGAAAAUGUACAGUGUACAUUACAGUCACAGCUUUCAUACAUUUAAGCAGUAUAUUUUACAAAUGUUCAAGAUUUAUAGUUAUACUGUAUUGAAGCUUGCAAAUGUAUAUAUUUUUAAGGAUGUAAAACAUUUUUAUAAGUGUAUGGAGGAUUAUUCACCAAUAUGAAUACUUCUGGCUGGUUUUGAAGCCAUACUGUUGCUUGGUUUGGAAUAUUAUUCCUGAUUCUUUGGUGGGUUAAAGUUUGAUUUGGUUGCACUGUUAUAUUAAGAAGUAUAAAAAAAAAAACAAAUAAUAUAAAUAAAAGCAGAACUAUCACAAUAUUAGAUGUAUCUAUCAGUGUGACACAUUGUUUACACAAGUUAUUCAAAAGAAAUAUUCACUUACAAUUAGGAAUGUAUUAUUGCGGUGCUCUUUGUCCUAUAAAGUGAAUUCAAAGCCUAUGGUUUUUCAGACAAGCAAUGGUACAAGAUAUAUUUGCUGCACGAGACAAUAGCACAUCGCUUAAAAAUAUCGGUGCCUUUCACCUUGUUUUAAAAUGCAUUUAUAUUAGCUUGGAUUGCUAUCAUCUCAUUAUCUAAAGUGAAUUUAUUUUUUAUCCAGUAGUGUGCCUUUGCUGUCUGAAGUAAACGGAGUUCACUCUUAAAA